AUGGCGGCCGAGCAGCGAAAGCUCUUGGAGCAACUUAUGGGCGGCGGCAUAAGCUCUCGCAGCACACAGCUCUCCCUGAAUGACCCAAAGGUAUGCCGGUCCCACAUCGCCGGCACGUGUCCCCACGACCUGUUCACAAACACCAAACAAGACCUCGGACUGUGCCCAAAGGUACAUUCAGACGCGCUGAAAGAGGAGUACGAGGCGCUGUCGCCGAGCGAGCGGGCUAAGCACGGCUUCGACUACGACUACAUGCGCGACCUACAAAAGUACAUUGAAGAUUGCAACCGGCGCAUAGAGGCGGCGCAGCGCCGGCUGGAGAAGACGCCGGACGAGAUUCGCCAGACGAAUCAGCUGCUGAAGACGAUCAGCGAUCUGAAGAGCACCAUCGCCAACGGUCUCGUCGAGGUGGAGGUGCUCGGUGAGGCCGGUCUCAUCGGUCCCGGUAUGGACGAGUUCUUCCGCGUCAAGCAAGCGACGCAAGCCAAGGCAGAGCGAGAGAAGGAGCUCAAGGCCCUGAGCGACACUAGCGGCCCGUCGGGCCACCAGAAACUGCAGGUGUGCGACGUGUGCGGUGCAUACUUGAGUCGGCUGGACAAUGACCGCCGGCUGGCGGACCACUUUUACGGAAAGAUGCAUCUGGGGUAUGCGCAAAUGCGCAAGACGUACGAUGCCCUCUCCAAAGAGCUGCGCUUCAAGGGCCGUCCACCCGUAGGUGCCGACGGUGAUGACGGGGGCGCGCCGCCAGGACCCGGGAGCGGCUAUGGAGACGGUGCUUGGGGGCGGUCACGAGGUCCACGGGGUGGUGGCGGAAGGACCAGGAACAGGCCCCGGUGGUGA